AUGUAUGUUUGUAUUUUUAAACCAAUUACUUUGAGAUAUUCCUGUCCUGUCUGUCUGGAAAUUUCGUUUCUUUUCCGCGACCAGAGGAUUCCGAUUUUGGAGGUGGCCAUCAUGUUUAACAAUACGUCCAAGCCAGGCUUAAAUAUUCCACCUCUAGAAAACGCUAAAUACAUAAUGCCUUUACCCAUUGAAGAAGCCGCAUCUGAAGUUGAUCUCCCCGUAAUCGACAUCUCCGAAUUUCCAGAAGACUUGGAUUGUAAAGAUCUGAGCCAGCUUCGAUAUCAUCCCCUCCUCGCCAAACUCAGAAAGGCCUGCAAAGAAUGGGGAUUUUUCCAACUUGUCAACCAUGGAAUUCCAGAAGAUCUUCUGGAAAGGGCAGAGAAUGUUUGCAGAGAUUUAUUAUCCUUGCCCACGGUGGUCAAAGACAGAGCCUUAACUGCUAAUCCAUUCGACACAUAUUACCGAACUGGAAAUUUUGAGGCCUUUCGCCUUCCAGACUCGACUAAUCCAACUUCCGUUGAGCAAAUGUGUACAAAGAUAUGCCCAGAAGGGAACCCAAUUUUUUGCGAAACGAUGGCAACAUACUCUUUGCCUAUAUCAAAUCUUGAAACAAAUAUCACAAAAAUAAUUCUUGCAAGCCUGGGGUUGGAUGUCAACGCUUUCUACCACUCCCACUUUGAAAAAUGCCCAUCAAUAUUGCGUAUAAACGGCUAUUCAUCAGAGAAACUAUCCAUUGGAGAGGACGUUCUCAGUUCCCAUACAGAUGGCGGGUGCCUUGGAAUCCUUAAACAAGAUGAUGUGGGAGGGCUUCAGAUUCGAUCUCAGGAGGGCGAGUGGUUCAACGCGUGGAGUAACGGUAGAUGCCGCAGCACAGAGCAUCGUGUUGUUUACAAAGGUUGGAGAGAUCGUAUGUCAAUUGCCUUCUUCACUGUCUUCCCAGAGGAGAUGGAAAUAUGGGCGCCUGUGGAGCUUGUGGACGACGACAAUCCAAGGCGUUACAGGCCUUUCAUAUUCUCGCAUUUCAAGCAAGAAAGCCUGACUUAUAAAGAAAAAACUACAGCUCUUGAAAAAUUCGCAGGUAUAUAA